AUGGUAAUAGGCCUUAGUAAUGGUAGUAGCAAUGGUAAUUUACCUUCAGAAGACAUACUAAACGAUUUAGCAACAUCAGUAGUGGCAGAGAAAGUGGGAGAGAAUAAGCAUCCCUCACACAGAGUAACAGUCGCAAACUUGGCAACUGCUAGAGCAUCUCGCCAUCACAUCAUCACAUGUCAGACAACUGCGCCAACACAUCAUCAGACGUCGGAGACACUUGCUCCAUCACAUCUUCACACGUCAGAGACAACUGCGCCAUCACAUCAUCACACAUCGGAGACGACUGUGCCAUCACAUCAUCACCCGUCAAGAGACAACUGCGCCAACACAUCAUCAGACGUCGGAGACAACUGCUCCAUCACAUCAUCACUAAUCAGAGACAACUGCGCCAUCACAUCAUCGCGCAUCAGAGACAACUGUGCCAUCACAUCAUCACACGUCAGAGACAACUGCGCCAUCACAUCAUCCCCCGUCAGAAACAACUACGCCAUCUCAUCAUCAUGUGUCAUAGAAAACUGCACCAUCACAUCAUCACGUGUCAGAGACAACUGCGUCAUCAUGUCAUCACGCGUGAGAGACAACUGUGCCAUCACAUCAUCACGUGUCAGAGACAACUGCGUCAUCACAUCAUUACGCGUCAAGAGACAACUGCGCCAUCACAUCAUCACGAAUCAAGAGACAACUGUGUCAUCACAUCAUCAUGCAUCAAGAGACAACUGUCCAAUCACAUCAUCACAUGUCAAGAGACAACUGCGCCAUCACAUCAUCACAUGUCAAGAGACAACUGCACCAACACAUCAUCAUAUGUCAGAGACAACUGCGCCAUCACAUCAUCAUGCGUCAAGAGACAUCUAUGCCAACACAUCAUCAUGCGUUAGAGUCAACUGUGCCAUCACAUCAUCAUACGUCAGAGACAACUGCGCCAUCACAUCAUCACGUGUCAGAGACAACUGCGCCAUCACAUCAUCACAUGUCAAGACACAACUGCAUCAACACAUCAACACACGUCAGAGACAACUGUGCCAUCACAUCAUCACGCGUCAACAAACAACUGUGCCAACACAUCAUCCCGUGUCAGAGACAACUGCGCCAUCACAUCAUCACAUGUCAAGACACAACUGCAUCAACACAUCAACACACGUCAGAGACAACUGUACCAUCACAUCAUUAUUAUGUUCAGGACACAACUGCGCCCAUCACAUCAAAACAACGGUUCAGAGACAACUGUGCCAUCACAUCCACAUGCAAGAGACAAACUGCCCAUCACAUCAUCAUGCGCAAGAGACAAACUGCACCACACCUCAUCAAGGACAGAGACAACUACGCCAUCACAUCAUUAGUUGUCAGAAAGACAACUUCCACAAUUACAACUGCAUCACACAUGGUUAA